AUGGCUGACGAAGUAGAAGAAAGACAAACUGACGAUCAAAGUGUGAAGAAGAGCAACCCCUGUUCUGUUCAGGGCUCCCCCGUAACCCCCUGCCAACUGCCCUCCCUGCCCCCUGUCCAAUCAGAGCCCGGGGCUGCACCCGAGGGCGUGUCCUGUGAGAGCGCCAGCUCCACCUCCCUGAGGGUCAGGUGGACCGCCUCCGCCGGGGGGGGCGGGGGGCGGCGCGGCGCGCUACGAGCUGAGCUACUGGCCGCUGCCAGGCGAGUCGGGGAGGGAGGCUCUGCCCAGGGGCCCGGGGCCCCAGAGGUGGAGGUGGCCCCGGACGCGGGCCAGGCGCUGGUGACGGGGCUGAGGAAGUGGAGCUGGUACAACGUGUCCCUGGCCUCGGGGCCGUCCUCCGACGGGGAGGGGCCCCGGAGCCCCCCGCUGCUCUGCAGGACCGCCGAGGACGUGCCCGGGGCAGCCCCACGUCAGAUAGAUGUCAAGCCGCUCAACUCCUCAGCAUUUAGAGUGGGCUGGCGAUCGGUGUUGCCGCGGUUACAGCAGGGUCAGAUCCGCGGGUACCAGGUGCACUACAGCCGUGUGGAGGGGGGGGAGUCGCGGACCCUGCCCCGCAUCAAAGACCUGCUGCUGGACGACGCCCAGAUGGAGGCGGAUGACUCCACUCAGUAUGAAAUGAUUUUGGGGGGGCUGCGAGCAGAGACUCUGUACUCUGUCUCCGUGGCUGCUUACACCACCAAAGGGGACGGGACCCACAGCAAAGCCAAGCUGGUUCCGACCCCAGGGAGAGUCCCCGGCCCCCCGUCCCUGUGGCUGCGUCCAGAGGCGGGCCCCGCCGUGGUGGCUCGGUGGGCGGCCCCCCCGGGGGACCCAGAGACGGGCUCCGCCUCCCAGGGGCCACCGGUUGAAGUCCUGGGGUACCGCCUGCAGUUUGGGCCGAAGAACUCGUCCCUCGGCGCCCCGCUGGACCUCACCGCCCAGAACCGGACCUACACGGUGCGGAAGGGCCUCCGCGAGGGCUCCACCUACGUCUUCCUCCUCUCCGCCCGGAGCCGGGCGGGCUACGGACAGGGAGUGCGUCAGGAGAUCCAAAUCCCCGAGUACCCGCCGUCGGGAUUCCCCAGAAUAGGGGACUCUGUGAACGCCACCUGCUGCUCCCUCCAGCUCUCCUGGCUGCCCCCUCCCCCGGAGGAGCGGCGCGGAGCCAUCACAGAGUACACCUUGGCCUACAGAGAGGCCGAAGACCCCGGUGCCGCCGCCGCCGCCCCCCUGUACCAAGUGUCUAUCCCCGCCUCCGAGUCUGAGUACACCAUCCUCGGCCUUAACCACAGCUCAGCCUAUGAGCUCCAGCUCAGGGCCCACACCAAGGCGGGGGCGGGCCCGCUCAGCCCGCCGCUGGUGUGCCGAACCCUGGCCUUUGAGACAGAUGUGCCGAGGAACUUCUCCGUCAAUUUAGCCACAAAGACCAGCGUUCUUCUGACCUGGGAGUUUCCAGAGAGCACCUAUCCCUAUCGCUUUACUGUGGAGUACAACCGGCAGAAGAUGGAGGUGGACGCGCGGCUCCGGAAGGCGGUGAUCCCCAACCUGCAGCCCGACACCAGCUACGACUUCAAGAUCACCUCCCCGGAGGGCAACAUGGGGGGCCUGCGCCACCGCAUCAACGCCAAGACCUCCCCGCCCAUCACCAUCCGCCGGCCCGAGGUGGACCACACCCGCGACUCGGAGACCACCGUCACCAUCAUCCUGCCCUCUCUGGAGACCCGCACGCCCGUCAAGAACGUGUACGUGGUGGUGGUGCCACUGAGGAGAGCCAAAGGCGCCAUCAAACACCUUAAGAGCCCCGAUGAAAUGGACCUGGAGGAGCUUCUCAAAGACAUCAGUCAGCGGCAGCGGGACACGCGGCAGCAGAAGCAGGUGGACCUCCGGAGGGCGUACAUCACCGCCCGGUUCACGCCGGGCACCCUGCCCGCCUUCUUCACCCUGGGGGACCAGCUGGACUACGGCGGCUUCGAGAACCGGGCCCUGGAGCCGGGCCAGGAGUACGUCUUCUUCAUCCUGGCCGAGCUCAACGCCACCACCGGGAAGAUGUACGUAGCCAGUCCCUACACUGACCCUGUGAUCGCCCCGGACUCGGACCCUCAACCCUUGGACGCCGGGGACGGUCUGAUCUGGGUGGUGGGACCCGUCCUGGCGGUGGUCUUCAUCAUCUGCAUCGUCAUCGCUAUACUCCUCUACAAGAACAGCAAGCCUGACAGGUCCCUGAGAAGCAAACGCAAGGACUCUGAGCCCGGCACGAAGAGCCUGUUGAGCAACGCAGAGAUGAUGGCCCACCACCCCACCGACCCCGUGGAGAUGAGACGCAUCAACUUCCAGACCCCCGGGAUGAUGAGCCAUCCUCCGAUCCCCAUCAACGAGCUGGCCGAGCACACAGAGCUGCUGAAAGCCAACGACAACCUGAGACUCUCUCAGGAGUACGAGUCCGUGGACCCCGGCCAGCAGUUCACCUGGGAGCACUCCAACCUGGAGGUCAACAAGCCCAAGAACCGCUACGCCAACGUCAUCGCCUACGACCACACCCGCGUCAUCCUGGCCCCGUGUGCAGGUAUCCUGGGCAGCGACUACAUCAACGCCAACUACAUCGACGGCUACAGGAAGCAGAACGCCUACAUCGCCACCCAGGGGCCGCUCUCCGAGACCUUCGGGGACUUCUGGAGGAUGGUGUGGGAGCAGAGGGCCGCCUCCGUUGUCAUGAUGACGCGGCUGGAGGAGAAAUCACGGGUGAAGUGCGACCAGUACUGGCCCAGCAGAGGAACGGAGACCUACGGUAUGAUCCAGGUCACCCUGCUGGACACCAUGGAGCUGGCCACCUUCUGCGUCCGCACCUCCCUGCAUAAGGUACGCAGCGGGGGCAGCGAGCGGCGGGAGGUGAGACAGUUCCAGUUCACGGCCUGGCCGGACCACGGCGUGCCGGAGUACCCCACCCCCUUCCUCAACUUCCUGCGUCGGGUCAAAGCCUGCAACCCGCCGGACGCCGGGCCAAUCAUCGCUCACUGCAGUGCCGGCGUGGGCCGCACCGGCUGCUUCAUCGUCAUCGACGCCAUGCUGGAGCGCAUCCGCCACGAGCGCACCGUGGACGUGUACGGCCACGUCACGCUCAUGCGCUCCCAGCGCAACUACAUGGUGCAGACGGAGGACCAGUACAGCUUCAUCCACGAGUCUCUGCUGGAGGCGGUCGCCUGCGGCAACACGGAGGUGGCCGCGCGGAGCCUCUACUCUUACAUGCAGAAGCUCUCGCAGGUGGAGACCGGAGAGCACGUCACCGGCACCGAGCUGGAGUUCAAGCGGCUUGCCAACACCAAAGCCCAUACGUCCCGCUUUGUGACAGCCAACCUACCGUGCAACAAAUUCAAGAACCGCCUGGUGAACAUCAUGCCCUACGAAACCACGCGCGUGUGCCUCCAGCCAAUCCGCGGCCUGGAAGGCUCCGAUUACAUCAACGCCAGCUACAUCGAUGGAUACAGGCAGCAGAGAGGGUACAUCGCCACCCAGGGUCCGCUGGCUGAGACUACAGAGGACUUCUGGAGGAUGCUCUGGGAGCACAAUUCCACCAUAGUGGUCAUGCUCACCAAACUGAGAGAGAUGGGCCGGGAGAAGUGCCACCAGUACUGGCCGGCUGAGCGUUCAGCCAGAUACCAGUACUUUGUGGUGGACCCAAUGGCCGAGUACAACAUGCCGCAGUACAUCCUCAGAGAGUUCAAAGUCACCGACGCCCGGGAUGGCCAAUCACGCACAGUCCGUCAGUUCCAGUUCACCGAUUGGCCGGAGCAAGGUGUGCCCAAGUCAGGUGAAGGCUUCAUCGAUUUCAUUGGUCAAGUGCACAAAACAAAGGAGCAGUUUGGCCAGGAUGGACCAAUCAGCGUUCACUGCAGUGCUGGCGUGGGGCGGACCGGCGUCUUCAUCACCCUGAGCAUCGUGCUGGAGAGGAUGCGGUACGAGGGCGCGGUCGACAUCUUCCAGACUGUCAAGAUGCUGCGCACGCAGAGGCCCGCCAUGGUGCAGACGGAGGACGAGUACCAGUUCUGCUACCAGGCGGCGCUGGAAUACCUGGGGAGCUUUGACCACUAUGCAACAUAAAUGAAGAGAGAGGGACCAGAAGCACCUCCCCCUCCUCCUCCUUUCCUUUUUCAUUUUUUUUUUUUGCUCUGAGGUCACAACAAAACAAGACAGAGAGGGACAGAACGUGGAGAGGAAGAGGAGACCAACCCUUCUUACAAUCAAAACCUUCGAUUAAGACCAAAUUCAAUGACGAUCGCAAAACAAACAAACAAAUGCUCCUGAACUCUCAUGUCCAAGGAGCACCCCCCCAUCCCGCCCCCCAAAACGUAAACCCAGCGCUCCCAAUACAAGCUAGUGGUGGGCUGUGGGACUAACCGUGUACUCAAUAUACUUACCUCAGUGUUCCAGUGUGAAGGAUGUAUAUUACCCGUGUGUGUUGUGGUCAGCUAUCUCCAAGAAUCUCCAGGAAAUUAUAAUACUCUACUAUGUGUAUAAAAUAACAACGACAAACUGUAAAAAAAAAAAAAUACAAAAAAAACUAACUAGAAAGAGCCUGAAUAUUUGCUGCACCCUAGAUGGGCUUUUUAAUCCUCAAAAUUUGUAUCUAUUUAUUUGAUGUACAAAGAGUUACAAAGUGCAAAGGUCUGUGUGUCUGUGAGUCUGUUUUAGAGGCGUCUGCCGUUGCCACAGAUAGUUCAAGGCUUUGUUUCAGCAGAUUAAACCACUUUUACGGAUUGACUUGCCAUCAAGGGGACUGUUUAAAAAAAAGCAUGUUAUGGAUGCUUCUUUUCCCCUCCCCGCCCCCCCGAUCCACAGUGCCAAGAGAGAACAACAACGACAACAACACAACGACACACUGGUUGUCAGCAGAUCUUUGACAUUUUUACGUCCUGUAUCCUGAAGAGAUGAACACUGGAGUUUGGGUUGGUCCUGGUUGGGCCCCACCUACUAACCACCACUAUCCCCGGGAGCAUUGAGCCUCACUACAGCAGCGUUUAGAGCCUGCUUUAGCCCCCCCGUGGGGCUGGAGGUUUAUAGCUUACUUAUACUGUGUGCUACUGUAUAGACCUACCGUCCUCCAUGCAAAAGCCACUCUUCUAUCGAGAACUCAUUCUUCGUGUCCGCCAGCAAUGGGCUGUGAAUAAGUGAUACUAACAAAGACACUCAUCCGUAUAUACGUCUUUCCUUGUUUUUUCUUUCACUCUCUUUUCAUUCCUUCCUUUCUCCUCUGGUCCCAUUCCCGCAGCCACGAUCCACGCGGUUGUGCGUUGCGUUACGGUUGUACGAUUUCUAUGUCUUUGCCUUAUAGGUUGAACAGAUUUCAUCGCUGUGUCUCUCAACAUGCUGCUCAACGUUUCACGCUGUUUUAUUUCUGUUGUGUGCUUAGCGCGUGGUGUCUCCUCGUGUUGCUUCAGCCGCUGCUGUCGGACAUUCUGGCUACAGUGUGAUCGGAUGUGAACAGCUGGAUCAGGCUGAUCAAUUUAUAGAAAAUAGUUGGAUUCAAAACCAGUGCGAAAUGUUACAUGAUUAAAGUCACAAUGUGUAUGACUGGGCCCCUCCCAGUGAGCAGGAGGGAGGCUUUCAGAAUUUAAAAAGGAGAUAACAGUGUUCUGUCCACGCUAACAGGCUGUAAUGCUGUGUGACCUGAGCUAGCGUGGCUCGGCUGGCUGAGUGGCGUGAGAGGGAGGAGAUUUUAGAAGUGUCGAUAGUGAGAUAAACACAGAGAUUAGUACGGGCUGGCCAGCACUUAUUAUUUGUGGAAUAUAUCAGUUAUAGGGUGUGAUUUUAUUGAUACCGUUUUAGAAAUCACUAUCGAUCAGCAUUGACUACAUACAUGUCCAGGUCAUUUAAAGCCACGAGCAAGUUAAAAUGUUACACAUUGCGACUUUAAGGGUUGUGGUAAGGAUAGUGUAAAAUAACGUGAAAAAAACUAAACGAAGAUUAAACAUGAUGGUCGGUCUUCAAGUGUCCUCCCUUUUAGCCAAUCACAACGGUAUGACAGAUUGCCACAUGAUGUCGAAUUUACCCCAAAAAAACCUUGUGUACAGAACAUCUUCCACUUUAACCUUCUAAUCCAGUAUACUAAACCGCAAGUCUUUUGAUAUUGAAAGUUCUUUCAUUAUUUGGAGAUAUAAUCAUCGUCGUUCCAAUGUCAUUAUGAGCAGGACGCGGCUCCAGAACCAAGAACCUCCUGGCAGCGCCGCUGGUUUGUAGAUAUAGUCCGACAUCAUCGGACUACUAUACAGUACAGAAACAUAUGCCUGAGCACAAGAUAUAAUGUGAGGUUGGAUGUGAAGUAGUUGGUACUGUCGACAAAAGGAAGCCUUAUUGUUAUAGUUCACUUUUGUCAUAUUUAUUUGAUAUUUCUUUUUUAAAUAAAAUAUUUAUUAUCUUUCUAUUUUGUUACUUUUUACUUUUAUUUAUUUAUUUAUUUUGGGAUAUCAAAUAUAACCAACAACAUGUUUACUUGUUUAUUCGGCAAGCCAAUGUUUAUGUAUUAUGUUAGUUUGCUUAUUUGGUUUUUCAAGGUCAGUUUUUGGUGCUUUUUUUUAUUUGCUUAGUAUUUAGUAUCCACUCUGUUGAGGGGGCUAUUUGAUACUGUGUCCUAGUUAGCUACAAAUGUAUAUUAAAAUCUAGCUAGAUUCAUUUUAAAGUUCCCCAGAAGUGGUAUAAUUCAGCACAUUGUUGACCAUGGUUAAAUGAUGAUUAAAUAUAAUAUUAGAUAUAGGAAGACAGCGAACAUAGUUCUAUGAAGCAGAGUAGUGGGUCGGGGUUCAAGCCAGUGCACAACUAACCUUUAGUUUGAUGAACCUUUAAAGCACAUGCUAUACAAGUGAUGGUGAAAUAAGGCAUCCAAUUAUUUUUGUUCAAUGCUCAAAAGUUUUUGUUCAUAAAAUUUGAAAUUAUUCUGAUAUGAAAAUUUGUGUGGUCGAAACCCGUCUUGACAUUGUGUUGCAUAUAUACAAUAUGUUAUUCGGUUUGAAUAUCUGAUCAUGAUCGUGUCAACGGAUAUAUUUCGGGCACACGGAGGAAGCAUAAAAAUCUAUCGAGGGACUGACCUUAUGAAGACAUUCUCCUCGCCUAUGUACAUGUUAUUUCCUUUCAAACCAUGGAUGUAGAUAUUGUAUCUUGACUUUGUAUUAAAAGCAGGAUGAUUGGAUAUACAGCACAA